AGCGGCGUUUUACACGGUGGUGAACGGCAGCGUGCAAACGACACCCCGGAACCCCGUCGUUGUCGUGUCGGUCGUAAACGGUAUAAACUCGUCCCCACGAGGUGCAGGGUGCGCAACCAUAUACAGGGAAGGAUGAUACGCGUGGACGAGACUGACCCGGUGGGCGAGAUCGAGCCGAGCUUUCCCUAUCGGGACGUGACCAUUCGUCGUGGCGUGGAGUUCAAAGAUCAUUAUAACAUUCAGUCUGAGAUCGGACGAGGGAAAUUUGGCACCGUUUAUCGAUGCAAGGAGAAAGCAGGUGGGCUGAUGCUCGCCGUGAAGGUGGUGAACACCGUGAAAAAGGAGGACAGACGAGCAGUAGAGCGGGAGGUUGAAAUUAUGAGACGACUCCAACACCCCCGACUUAUUCAGCUGUACGACGCCAUCGACACGGGCAAACAGAUCUACGUGAUCUUGGAACUGAUCGAGGGUGGCGAACUAUUCGAGAGGGUGAUAGACGAGGACUUCGUGUUGACCGAGCGGAGUUGCGCUGUCUUCAUGCGACAGAUCUGCGAGGGGAUCGAGUUCAUUCAUCGACAAAACAUUCUGCAUCUCGACUUAAAGCCCGAGAAUAUUUUGUGCCUGACGAAGGAGGGGAACAGGAUUAAAAUCAUAGACUUCGGCCUCGCGAGGGAGUACGAUCCGAAGAAGAAGCUACAGGUUCUAUUUGGCACGCCAGAGUUCGUUGCACCGGAAGUCGUAAAUUUCGAUCAGAUUGGUUUCGGUACCGACAUGUGGAGUAUAGGCGUAAUCUGUUACGUACUUCUAUCCGGUCUGUCCCCGUUCAUGGGCGACACGGACAUCGAGACCAUGGCGAACGUGACCAUCGCUAAAUAUGACUUCGAUCACGAUGCGUUCGCCAAUAUAUCGGAGGACGCGAAGGACUUCAUACGGUGUCUGCUGAUCAAAGACAAAGAAAAACGGAUGUCUGCCGUCCAGUGCAGGGAGCACCGUUGGUUGGCCAGAAAGCCGAGCAAGCAGAUCGAACAAACACCACCAUUGGCCAUCCCCAUUGUAGACAGGUCCAAACAAACCACCCAGAUCUUUAGAGUGCCAGAGACGAAGCUAGAGGAGUUGGAUGUGGCCAAGGACAACCUGAAGCUGUUCGUCGAACGCUGGAGGGAGCAUCCGGACAGCCCGUACAUGAUCGAACUACCUACUUGCAGCCUGUCUCAGCUGAACUCAAUCCACGAUCGCGAGGAACUGGUGUCCUUAAUGGGUCACAGUCCGUCUCCAUGCGCGAGCAUUUGCAGCACAUCAUCAGAAACAGCGGAGAGCCCCAGUCAAGACCACCAGGGAUACCUGGUGGUGCCGAAUUUCGGUUUCGAGAGGAGAGCCUCGGAAGGUGUGUCCACGGAAAAGUCCAGAAGCGACGCAGCCAGCCAGAUCGUGCUAGCUGACGAGAUAAUCAGACUGUCCGAGCAUCUGAGGUCCAUAGCAAUGGGCACCUGUCUGAAGAGCAACGAGGAUCCUCAGGAGAACAAAACGACCGAGAAGUUAGAGGACAGGGGGAAGAGCAACCGUAUUGGGGUUCAUACAAAAAGCAACGGGAUGGUCACGUCGGAUGGCGCAGAGUGCAACGAGAUCGCCGAGAAACUGUCUAGUAUAAUGAGACACAGAAAACUGAACGGCACUACUUUCCAUAGUACCCGUAGCUUCGAGAGGUACAACGAGUCGAAUACUGGGAAUAUAUUCGCGUCGUUGAAGAAGACCAAGUUGAACGGGGAUGGAAAGAGUUUGGAGGUGAAGGGCGAUGACGAAAGGAUGUCCCUGGGGGAAAGCUCGAGGGAUACUGCUGCUGACAGCUUUAGGUCGGUGAUGUCCGUAGAAAAGAUGGGAAGUUCGUCGAGCAAUGAGACGGCUAGGAUGUUGGGAGGAUUGGAUGGUGAGAUGGAUCUGACCCCACCUUGGAGACGCUCGCGAGUGAAACACGUGUUCGGGGAGACCAGUCGUGACGUACCGCGAAUCUCGGGGCUACGUAAUCUCCACAAAAGUCUGAAUCUCGACGAACAGACCAGUACCAAAGAUCUGUUGUUGCAUCUGUUGGAGGAAUGGGACGAAGUUGCUAUCAGACCGACAGGAGUGGGCAGGAAAUCGGUCAGCGUGGACUGGUGCGGUGAGGAUUCGGUUGCCAGAAAGACGAUGAACUCUUUGGCAGAGUACUUCCAGUCGAAGCAACAGAAAGCGACCACCUCUAGCGUCAGUGCGACCGCGCCGAACUCGAUACAUCGUUGAUUUCGAGGGUUCGUUUCCCCGAGGUUCGAGGACUUGGCUGCUGAUUGUUGCUCGCGACUUGCAAACGAUUUUUUUGUUACUCGUCGCGAAGUUUCUCAGGGCGAUUCGAGCAAUGAGACGGAUGGGGAUGAUGAUGUUGUUGGUGCCGUUGUUUGAUAUGCGUCGUUUUUUGC